AUGCCUAAUUACGGGGUUUUGCUGGUGGUCGGGGCCAGCGGGAAGCAGAAAACGGCCAGGAAGAGGGAGCGGGCAGUUGAGACGCCCCGCCAGAGUGUGCACGGCCCAGGGCUUGGCACCUCGGAGCAGCAGGUGAGCAAUUACAGCCCCUGCCCCCUCCCCACAGGCAUCCAGGGCCACAGGGAGCGAUUCACCAGCUGGUGCUGGGCGGGCAUCAGGGACAGGAACUUCCUGCACGCAGCCACUCUGAGCAGGAUCACAAAGGAGAGAUGUCCCUGGCUGCACCGGGUUCCCAGCCUGGCCCUGCGCGCUCGGGCCCCGCACCCUGGCUGCUGGAACGGCCGGACGGGCAGUGCCCAGGUGUUCUGUGCCUGCCUGGUGAGGGCGGGAGGGGGCUGGACCAGCCUUCCCUGGGGAAUCCUGCCCUCCGGGGAUCCCAGGCUCAGAAAACAGACCAGGCACCCUUGGCCAGCUCGGAACCACCUGGAGAUGUCUCUCUGGAACCCUGGCUCUUUAGUGACUGGCCCCAUGGAUGUGGCUUGGUGGUCACGCCCAGCGCCGGGGUCCAGGGGAGCACUGGGUCUCAGCCUCGGGGAAGUGGGGAGUAACGCGGCCGGAUUUCUACAGCCCUCUUGGGUGCAGACGGAGCGAGAGGGCACCGGCGGGGAGGAGCUUGUCAGCGACAGGGACGCUCACCAACUUCCAUCGGCACCUGCACUCCGACCCGGCCUCUUCCCCGUCACCUUCGGAGCCUCCCCUCAGACGCUGGGGUGGAGAGGGGUCAGCUGGAGGUGCGCGUGGGCGUCCACGGCGACACGUGGAUCGUGCACUCGGAAUUGCUCUCUACGUUCAGACACCGGCCUUGGGCCGAGUCUUCCCUCGGACCGGUGUCACCCACGGCUCCACGGGUCUGGACCCACUCUGGGCGGGUCCUUGGCCAGAGGACCCGACCCGCAGGACACGUUUGGAAAGGCUCUCGCGGCGUGCACCUGCCGUGAACUGCGUUCCGGUGCUCUCGGGACCCGUUAUCGGCCUCCGAACCGGCGUCCCCAGGCUCGCGUGACCCUCGUGUCAGUGUCGCCUGUGGAACUGCGUACGAGCCGGGCUGGCGCAAACUGGGUUCUCUGGCCGCCUGGGUCCGCGUUCACCUGGCGGACCUGGCUCACUUCCACACACCUUUAUUGCUCACCCACUGGUUUAGAUUCGCGGGGGCUGGAGACACAAAGACGGAUGGAGCUGUGGUACCGCCUAGCUGGACGCGUGCACGCAUCCCCUGCGUGGCGGGGGACGUCGGCAGGCUGCAGGCCGGGGGCUGUGAGCACAGAGGUGUGAGGAGGGCCCAGGCUGGGUCUGGGUUCUCAGAAGGGAGGGGCGAGAGUGAGUGUCUGGGUCCGCCGGCCCCGGUAGACUGCGGAGGCUCUGGCAGGCAGGGCCUGGUCGGGUCAUGGGGCAAGCCUCCUUCGGGGGAAGAGGACCAGGGGUUCCCAGAGGGCGAGAGGACAAGGCACUCGCUGGGGCGCCAGCAAGGUGCGCAAAACCCGCGCUGACACAGGCGCGCGCAGGUCCCAGGUCGCGCCCUGCGCUCUCCCUCUCCUCCUCGCGGGUGCAAACGCCAAAGGCAUUCUCCCCAGAUCUGCGUAGUGCCCGAGGGGAGGCGAGGGCAUCCCUGCAGGCAGGGUUGCCCAAUUCAGCCAAAAAGAAAGAAAAAAGAAAAGAAAAAAACCCAGAAAACGAACUUAUUCAUCGUGUAUAACACGUACUUAUUCACCGUGUAUAACAUACAACGUGUGUAUAUACACUAUUACGUAUUUAGAUAGAAGCGCGUAGGUGUCCGUAAACGUAGUUACAUCUAAGCAUAUUCACGUGUAAGUAUAAACACUCAAACGUAAGCGGACACACAGGAUGCCCGUUUACAUUUGAAGUUCAGAUAAGCGGGUACUUUUUUGGUGUUUGUCCCAUACAGUAUCUGAGAGCAUUUUCCCACAAAAAUGAUUCGUUGUUUGCCUGAAAUU